AUGACCGUUACAGCCCCAAGAUUGCUAUUUUUACAUGGGUUUUUGCAAAAUGCCAAGGUUUUCUCAGAAAAAUCUAGCGGUAUAAGAAAGCUGUUAAAGAAAUCUAAUGUCGAAUGUGACUAUUUGGAUGGUCCAGUGGUCCUUGACAGAAAAGACCUUCCAUUUGAAAUGGACGAUGAAAAGUGGCAGCAAGCGUUGGACGCACAGGUCAACAAGGCGUGGUUCUACCAUAGUGACGUGUCUUCCGAACUUGAUCUUUCUGAUUCUAUCAAAUACGUCAGUGAUUAUAUCAAACAAAACGGACCAUAUGACGGUAUCGUUGGAUUCUCACAAGGCGCGGCUUUGGCGUCUAUUGUAACUAAUAAAAUCACUGAAUUGAAUCCUGAGCACCCAGAGUUCAAAGUCAGUGUCUUGAUAUCGAGUUACUCAUUUACCGAACCAGAUCCAUCUAAACCGGGUCAGCUAAGAAUUGCUGAAAAAUUCCAAUCUGGUUUCACACCAAAGAAAGAUAGUAAGACCAGGGUUAUCUUCAUCUAUGGUGCCUCUGAUCAGGCUGUACCAGCUGUAAGAGCCAAGUAUCUUGCCCAAAUCUACAAGGACGCUUGGACACAGGACCCAGAACAGGUUCAAGAAUAUGAGCAUCCAGGUGGCCAUAUGGUUCCUAACAAGAAGGAUAUUAUUAGACCUAUUGUGGAUCAAAUAAACAGCGCCAUGAACGCUUGA